CCCAGGAGGCGGUCUGUUUGCACCUACGCGGCCGGCGAUGGUGAUGGUUUGAAGUGGGGCAACGGUCUUCAGUGAGAUCCCCGCAGCCGGCCAUCGGCUCUCUGAACACUGAGCAGCGAUGGAGGCGCUGAUUCCCGUCAUUAAUAAGCUGCAGGAAGUGUUUAACACGGUCGGGGCCGACAUCAUCCAGCUGCCGCAGAUCGUGGUGGUGGGGACACAGAGCAGUGGAAAAAGCUCAGUACUAGAAAGUCUGGUGGGAAGAGACUUGCUCCCCAGAGGUACUGGUAUUGUCACUCGAAGACCAUUGAUUCUGCAGCUAGUGAAUGUUUCUCCCGAGGAACAGCGGAAAGCAGCAGGAGGUGAUGAUGGAAUUGAUGCAGAAGAAUGGGGAAAAUUUCUUCACACAAAACACAAGGUCUACACUGACUUUGAUGAAAUUAGGCAAGAAAUAGAAAAUGAGACAGAACGAGUUUCUGGUGGCAAUAAGGGUAUUAGUGCUGAACCAAUUCACCUCAGGAUCUUCUCACCACAUGUGGUUAACCUGACGCUUGUCGACCUUCCUGGAUUGACAAAGGUACCAGUGGGUGACCAACCUCGAGACAUAGAAGUGCAGAUAAAAGACCUGAUUCUGCGAUACAUCAGCAACCCAAACUCAAUCAUCUUAUCUGUCACUGCUGCCAAUACUGACAUGGCAACCUCGGAGUCACUUAAAAUUGCCCGAGAGGCAGAUCCAGAAGGGCGGCGAACACUUGCUGUUAUCACAAAACUGGAUCUUAUGGAUGCUGGCACUGAUGCUAUGGAUGUACUUAUGGGAAGAGUUAUUCCAGUCAAAUUGGGUAUCAUUGGAAUUGUCAGCAGGAGUCAGCUAGACAUCAACAAUAAGAAAAUUGUGGCAGAUGCUUUAAAGGAUGAACAUGCUUUUCUACAAAAGAAAUAUCCCUCUCUUGCUAAUAGAAAUGGAACCAAGUAUUUGGCCAAAACUUUGAAUAGAUUGCUAAUGCAUCAUAUCCGAGAUUGCUUGCCAGAGCUUAAGACACGGAUAAAUGUCCUGGCCGCUCAGUAUCAGUCUUUACUGAACAGCUAUGGAGAACCAGUGGAAGACAAGAGUGCAACAUUGUUGCAGCUCAUCACCAAGUUUGCAGCAGAAUAUUGCCACACAAUUGAGGGAACAGCAAAAUACAUUGAAACUUCAGAACUUUGUGGAGGAGCGAGAAUAUGCUACAUUUUUCAUGAAACAUUUGGACGUACUUUAGAAUCAGUAGAUGCGUUGGGUGGUCUCAACACCAUUGACAUUCUCACUGCAAUUAGAAAUGCCACUGGUCCACGUCCAGCACUUUUUGUUCCUGAAAUCUCUUUUGAGUUGUUAGUGAAACGCCAGAUCAAACGCCUGGAGGAGCCCAGUUUACGAUGUGUUGAACUGGUCCAUGAAGAAAUGCAAAGGAUUAUACAACAUUGCAGCACGUACAGUACACAGGAAUUGCUCCGUUUUCCAAAACUCCAUGAUGCCAUAGUAGAGGUUGUGACAUCACUGUUGCGCAGAAGAUUACCUGUUACUAAUGAUAUGGUCCACAAUCUGGUAGCCAUUGAGCUUGCAUACAUCAAUACAAAACACCCUGAUUUUGCAGACGCCUGUGGUGUUUUGAACAGUAACAUAGAGGAACAAAGGCGUAACCGUUUAGCAAGGGAACCACCCUCUGCUCUGUCUCGAGAUAAGUCUUCUAAAGCUCCCAGCGCUAUGUCUGCUCCUCCCCAGGAGACUUCUGCUGUUGCUUCUGCUGAGUUUGAGGGAAAGGUUUCAGGUAAAGAAGUUCAAGCACAAAAUGGGAAUCCAGAUGGAGCAACGACUGGAAACUGGAGAGGAAUGUUGAAAGCAUCUACAUUAAAACCAGAUGAAGGAUCAUCUGAAGAAAAACCUAAGCAGCCUGCUCCUGGCAGUCCACAUAGGGGACCAUCAGUAAAUUUCCUGGAUGUGCGUGUUCCUGUCUCACGUAAACUUUCAGCACGGGAGCAGCGAGAUUGUGAAGUCAUCGAACGACUCAUCAAGUCCUAUUUUCUGAUUGUGAGAAAAAACAUCCAGGACAGUGUGCCAAAGGCUGUGAUGAAUUUCCUGGUCAAUUAUGUGAAGGACAAUCUCCAAAGUGAAUUGGUUGGUCAACUCUACAAGUCGAUGCUGCUGGAAGACCUCCUUACUGAAUCAGAAGACAUGGCCCAGCGCAGGAAGGAGGCUGCAGACAUGCUAAAGGCCUUACAACGAGCCAGCCAGGUUAUUGCAGAAAUAAGGGAAACACAUCUGUGGUGAGCCUGUUGGCCACAUAUCUUAGAGUUCCCUUGGAUGGAUACAUCUAUUACUUGAAUGCUGCUGAAUUGAAAAGUGCACUGUUUAUUUGCUUACUGUGUAAAAAAUGUAUUUAUGAACUUUCAGCUGUGGUUCUGUAAAGGAAACUACAGAAACCCAAUGCCAUAAAUCUCAAGCCCUUAAGGUAGUAUUUCCUACUGAACUUGUGUAAUAUUUGCUUCAUAGUCCUGUGGUGGUAGAAAACACAAUGUAAGCUUAAAUUGGAAAAUAGAAAUCUUUUGGAAUCACAAAAUCCACUGAUCUUGCCUCCAUUCCAGCUUUUUGAUCUCUCCGCAAGGUGUGCUCAUUAGGUAGGCAAUUAAGUUUAUACAGUCCGUAAGUGCUUAAAAGAAAUAAUAGUUUGCAUUGGUCAGUUUUGCUUAAGCAUCACUUGAAAUCACCACUUAACCUACAAAAUGGUCAGAUUUGGCGCGUGAAAGAAUUUUAUUAGACUUAUUUGUAGGUGUCCAUAUUGUCAAGAGCACAUGACCAAUGACCAAAUGUCAGCAUUUGAAGAUUUCUUCCUGAUCUGCAUAAAUUAGAAAGCUGCAGAUUUAAUACAUGCUAAUAUCUUUCUGCUGUGUUGUUCAUGAGGCACGCCAAAUUAUAGCAGAAAUGAAGGCUCAGGAAUGAGUGAGAACUGUGAGCUGAGGCAGUGAGCAGCAAGCUAAUGUCUGUCUGAAAAGGAGAUGCAGGGAGAAAGUUGUAUGAUUGGCUGAUUCUAUGAGAAUCAGGGAAUAAGUGAUCAGGACCUUUAAGCAGACCAUAUGCAGGUAAAUUAGGACUUGCCUUAUUUUUGUUGUACCUCUACUGGGUUGGGUUUGGAUAUUGAAGCAGGGAACUGCUGUGGCAGUUAUGUCUUGGAGAGUGCAGUUUUUAAUUAAAAGCAGUAGAAGAAUGCAGACAAUAUAUAAGAUUUUAUGAUUAUAAAUACAUGUAAAAAGGAGCAUACUAUUCUAGGGAUCAAUGAGUGUAUUAGAGAAGUACAAGAAUCAACUGUACCUUACUCCCUAAAUCCAACCAGAAAUAACUGCUGAUGCAUUUUUUUUGUAAUUGUUUUACCAGACUUGAGCUGCCAUUUUUGGUAUACAAUACACUUGUUGAUAGUAAAGGACAUUAGAUCUCUUAUUGCAUUAGGUCAUCAAGUAAUCUCUGUGAAAUCACUUGGUGGAGUACAUGUGUGUAAUACUAAAAUGUUAGUUUGCUGUUUGAUAUUUUGUAAUUUGACUUACUACUUUUGGGGGAAAAAUAUUUUGAUAAAACUUUCCCUGAUUUCUUUCAUUCUUGUUCCACCUUUCAAAAAGCUAGGAAAAUACAAAUUUGAAACAAAUAUCAAGAGUCAAGAUAUAAACCAAUGCCACUCCAAGCUCCAGCAAACUUGGGAUGGUCCCCAGUCCCUAAUGGCUAUCUGAUUAGCAAUAUCAUUUAUACUGUGUGCUGUAAGUAAACACUUGCAGAUCAUUUAUUUUUUUGAGAGCACCCGUUGGCUGAUCUGGUCUGUAAUGUAGGUAAUCGUUCUAAAACAAGCAGAAUGGAAUGGUGUAGACUGAUAGUCAGACACAGGAAAGGGCAGAACUGAAAGAUAUAAAGUAAUCAAACCAAGAGAGAAAUAAGAAAUGUGUGUGUGAAGUAUUAGAGCAGAAGGGCAGAUUAGGAUGCGUGGCCCAAAUAAGUGUUCUUUAUAUAAAUACAUAGAGCAUAAGGAACAAAUUGAAUGAAUUUUAGACACAAAUCCAACUUCGUGGGGUAUGACAUGCUAGACAUUACUGAGACAAGGCUGUAAGACGGUCAGGACUGAAGACUAAAUAUAGCAAGUUAUAAGAAUUAUCAAGGGAAAGGAGUAGGCUUCGUCAUUAAGAAUGUAAUUACAUCAAUUAUAAGAGAGGGUAUAAUGAGAGGUAAGCGGGCAGUGGAGACUUUAUGGGUAGAAUUAUGAAAUUUAAAAGUAUUUGCAGUGGGAGUUAUGUAUAGGUCUUGUGGUAGUAGCUGCGAAUUGGUAGAAUAUAUAUCUGCAAAGAUUAGAUUAGCAUGUUGUAAAAGCAGAAUGCGGUGAGAUUGGGAUAAGCAGACCCUCUCAUGUCAGAAUGGUAGUGAGCUCUUUGAGGAUGUUCAGGCUAGUUUCCUGCAACGAUUUGUUCUAGAACCAGCAAAGGGUCAAGCCUUAUUAGAUCCAGAGAUUCAGUAAUGAACCAGAUUUAGUUAAUAGCCGAGCAUUGUGUGAAUAUUUAUCUAAUAAUGACCAUUAUAUGAUUGAGUUCCACAUAGUGUUUGAAAAAGAGAAACAAAUAAGAUUCUACAGUUAGGUAAGGCUGACUUAAUGGGAUGAGAUAGAGGCUGUCCACAGUAAACUGGGAAAAUCUGUUAAUGGGUAAAAUGACAAAAGACCAUUUGGAGGUAUUAAAAAAAGAAUUUAAUGUAAUGCAGAACUAGUUUGUAACUCUUAAGGGGCAAAGGCUCUAUUUGCCAAAAAAGAGUGUCUUAAAGAGGUAAGAGACAACAUAAUUUUUUUUAAAAGCGCGCACAAAUGCAAAACAAUCAUAGAUUCUGGCAAAUGGGAAAGACACAAAGAACAGCUAUUGGUGACAAAACCGUUAUAGCUAUAAGCAGCAAGUAUGAAAAGAAACUUGCAAUAGGAUAUCAAAAUGAAAACAAGUUUGCAAAAUUAUAUUACAAAAACGAUAUAGUUCCCUUGAAAUUGAUGUGAUAUUGGAAAUGAAAAUAAAGAAAUGAAAAUAAAGCAAAUAAUGGAUCAGGGAUGGAGGUGCAGCAUAAUUAACAGCAAAUAAUAGUAAUGAAGAAAAUAAUGGCACUAAAGAAUGACAAACUUCCAGACCAGAUGGUUUCUAUUCAAUGGUUUUAAAACAUUGCAGAUGCCCUAACUAUAAUCUCCCAAAGUUUUUCCAAUUCAGGAACCAUUCCUUACGCUGGGAAAAUUGUGCAUUCCACUCUGCUAUUUAAAGAAAGGUAGGGGACAGUGGUGGGAAACUAAAGAACUCUAGACCAGUUAGCCUAACAUCUUUUGUCCUGCAAGGAUACUUUCUAAAUGGUUAAAGCUAGAAACAGAGGUGGUCCAAAGAGACUCGCACGCAUACAGAUCAUUAAAAUGUGCUGAACAGGUACAGAAAAUAUUCAGAAAAGGCUACUGGAAUGCUGGCUUUCAUAAUUUACAGGACUGGAAUGUAAUGGGAUAGAAGUUAUAUUUCAAGCUGUUGGCCUUGGAGGGCAUUCCAUGUAGAUUUACUGGGAUGAAACCAGGAUUCGAAGGGUUAAUUUAUGAAGCAAGAUUACAUAAACUAGGGUUUUAUUCCCCGGAAUUCAGAAGAUCAAGGACUGAUUUGAUUGACAUUUUCAAGACAUUAAGGGAACUGAUAGGGUAGAAAAACUUUCUGCAGGUUGGGUGGCCAAGGACUCUCUUUAAAAAAAAAAUUAGAGCUAGGCCUUCAAGAGUGAAAUUAGAAAAUACUUCUACACAAAAGGUGUUGGAAGUUUGGAUUUUUCUUCUGUAAACAACAAUUGAUGCUAGAUUAAUUAAUUUAAAAUCCUGAGGUUGGUAGAUUUUUGUUAACCAUAGAUAUUUAAGGAUAUGGGACAAAGGUAGAUAUACGGGGUUAGGUCACAGAUCAGCCAUGAUCUCAUUGAACGGCGUAAAAGGCUUGAGGAGCUAACUUGUCUACUCUUUCUAUCUUCCAAUGGUGAGGCUUUGGCUGCUGUUUGUCGUCUUGUGGCCGAACCAAUAAUACAAUGAAUAAUCCAAUGACUAACUUCACAUUGUAUCCACUGACUACUUAUAAGGAACAGAUGGUUACAGAGAACAAAAAAUUGGUGUGAGCACAAGAAACUGAGGUGAACAAAGUGCUUUCAAGAAGUAACAAUGGGAAUGGCAUCUUAGAAAAACAAGGGACAGAAUUGUGAUACUUAAAGCUAAACCUGAUACUUUGAAGAGAGCCUGAGAAGUUUGGCUGAGAGUCAACAGCCACCGUAUUAUAAAUAAGAACUCAAGUCAGAUCUAAGAAAUGGCCUAAGGCUUUUAACCAAGGUUCAAUUACGGAACAGGACAAGGAUUUUCUAUAAAAUAUUGAUUGACUUAGCAAUAAGUUAUAGUUGUCUGAAAAAUUUAGGGUUAAAAGUUUAACAUGAACAAUCAGCCAAACUUAGUGAUAUGAUGCAUAACUUGUUUUUUUUCAUUGUAAUUUGCAAAUUAAAUGCUUGAUAUAGUUAAUGGUGUUUGAAUUAGUGUGCAGUAUUCAGAAACAAUGACUGAAGUUUAUAAAUUAAUCCCUUGUAAUUCUGAUAAACCUAAUUGGGUGUCAACCAGUCAGGAAAAAAUGCUACAAUGUUUAGGUAGUGACCUGAACUUGAAACUAUAAUACUUUUAACAAUUAAAAUGAAUUCAUGAUCAUACUUGGCAGAAUUAAAUUCAGAAACAUUUCUUCUAGAUAUACAUGGAGAAGAUAGUAGAUAUCUACUAAUCAGUAGAGAGAGAGAGUUGAUCUCUGCUGUACUAUUCUUCUGUGUUUUACGAUCAGUUAUGAGAUCAGUGACAUAUGUAAGUUGUGGUGUACCAUUUUUACAAUUAAGGAUAGUGCCUAUUGAAACCAACCAGUGAUGAGAAUGAACAUUGUGUGGUUCUGUUAGAAAGUGUCUGUUCCAACUGGGAUUGUGUUCUUGAUCACAAUGGCUGUGAGACACGAGCAGACAUGUUGUACAGUGGUUUUGCAUUAUCUUUACUUCCAGCUCUAGAAGAGAAUAUUACUUAAAGCCAAGUGGAAGAAAAUGAGAGUGCAUAACCCAUUUUUCCUCAUGUUUGCUGUUUUUCUCUGCAAUAACAUUAUUUUCAAGACACUGGUUUUCACAAAACAAGUGAACAGAAUCAUUGAAUUCAAUACAAGAGAAGAAUGUGACUUAAUCAACCACUGCAGCCAUGUUCUUUUUCCAACAUUGAAGCUGACUUUGACUAUCAACAGGACCCACUUUCAGCCACUUUUGCUGGAUAAUCAGCUGUGCUGAGCUAAGUGGUGACUGAAACCAAUUAAAUCAACUCAGAUCAGGGAAUGAGGCUGGCAUCCAUCUACCUGUAUUUAUCAAUUCAUUGGCUGUAAUUAUAUUUUAAUACAUAUAGGCUAGAGUAACCAAGUGGUGUUGACGUUUAUUAACGAUGACUAAAUGAACAGUACUCUGUUUUCCGUUCUUGACAUCAGUGAAUUAAGUAGUCACAUGCAUUAUUUUGCCCUUUUUAUAGUUCACUAAUACUUUCAUCACUUCCAUUUGUGAAUCUAAUAUUUCCUUUUAGGUUUUGAUGGAAUACAUAUUGGGUGAAAAGUUUCUGUUUACUCGCUUCAAACAUUAUGUGGUCCAAAUAUGUGUAAUUUCGUUAACCUGUAUGCACUUGCUGUAAACUGUAUAUCAUCAUUGCAGUGAGGCAUUGACAAUGAAGGAGCUACUAUUGGUUAGCCUAGUAUCUCACGGUUAACUAUAAAUUUCAAGUGUAUCCUGCAUCCUGUAUGUUUGAAACAUGUUGAGUAUAGAUCCUUUAUAUUUGAAACGUACCAGUGUUGCAAUUUAUGCUUUCUGUAUGGUACAUGCACCAGACGAUGUCUACAGUCAUGUCCAAUAUUGAUAAGUUCACUUGACUUCUAUCCCUUUUAGGACAAACUAAAUAAAUUUGAAUUGUUAAUGGUAAAGAUUACUAUAUAUUGAAUAUGAUAUCCUGCACUUGCAAAGAAGUUAAACAGUUAAAUUGUUUCACAUAAAGUUUCAUUUGAUACAUAAUUACAUUGCAGACAGCAGUACAAUUCAGCUGGAUUUCUUUUUUGAUAACUUUAAUUAAACCCUAAUUAUAUCCACUAUUAAAAAAAAUCUUAUUGUAAUGAAAUGAGUAUAAUGUACUCUUUUCCAAAGUCACUUAAUUCAAAUGAUAAUUCAAUUUUUAUCACAAAAUUCAUAUUUCGCUUUAUUUGCAUUGCUUAAUUAAAUUUAAACAAGUUUAAAUUAUCAGGAGUAAACUAAUCACCAAAAUAGAACCUGCACUCUAAUAGUCUGAUACAGUUGACUUAUUUAUGCAAAUUUGUUAAUCAUUAAUUAAGUGAUUAGCAGAAAAUGAAUCAAGUACAGAAGAGUGAAUGCACAACAUGUUGAACAUAUGAAUAAUCACUUGGUAACCAUAAUCACUCGAUAAUUAAACAAUGUUUGUUUUCUUAUUAAA